AUCUGGGGAGGCAAAUAACCGAAAACAAUAUAAAGGUUUGCAGCUUCAAGCUAAAACGCUGGUUGCCAUAUCGACCGGACAGCUGUCAACAUUCGUUGGACUUCUAAGAUAUGCUCUUACUUGAUUUGAAAUAGGAAAGGACAAAAUGGAUAAAGACCACUUGGUUGUUUUAGUUAUGCUUUUGUGUAUGUAUUUUGGAACUGUGGCGGCGUGUGGUAACAGAAAAAAGUGCAAUCCUGCAGAUAAAAAGCCAUGUCGCGACUGUUUCUUUUGCAAGAAAAACAAGAAAGAAAAACACGUAUGUUUUAAAGUGAGAGAACAGACUGUUGUAACUAUAGAUGAUUUGAAAGCUAUUAUACGGAACUUCGAGUCAUAUACUUUAACAAUGACUGAUGUGAACCCUAAACCGAAAGUGUUUGACCCGACAAUUGGAUAUGGAUUCAGCCUAAAAAGAGGAGAUGCAAAGGCAACAUUUAAUAAAGUUCUCCCUGGAGUAAACUUUGAUAAAGUUCUCAGUGGAAAGAAAGCGAUUACCUGGGAGCAAGCCAAAAAGCUAUUUCAUCAUGAUAUUGACAACAUCUACAUCCCACGGGCAGAAAGAAAAAUCGGGAAGAAGUUGUUCGGAGGUUUAACGAUGAAUGUAAAGACUGCAAUCGUCAAUGCAUUUUACAGGGGCGAUAUUGGUCCCAAAACCAUUGCAUUGAUCAAGCAGGAAAAAUGGGCUGAGGCAGCUGUUGAAUAUUUGAAUCAUAACGGAUAUAAAAAUGCUAAAAAGAACGGAAUGAGUGGUAUAAUACCUAGAAUGAAAUGUAAUGCAGAACAGUUCAAGAAGGUAAAUAAGCCUCCUCCUCCAAAGAAAAAAUGCAAAGAGGAGUAAUUGUUUCAGGUAGAAUAUAAUAAAAAAAGUAUUUUGUUUCUAUUAAUAUUUCUAUUACUUUUCUGGUAUCAGAAAUAUUUAGUCAAAGACCCGCAAUUACAUGACUUCUAUAUACAUACCUGAUGUUAGUUUUUUAUUUAUAACUAUAUAUAAUUUGUUUCCCCGA